UACCAAACAUCUUUACCUAGCUAUACAUUCUUACAAUGGCUCUUUCAACACUACUCACCAUUGUUUCUCUACUUAUAUGCUCCUUCAAUGUUGUCUAUGGAGGUUGGGAAAAUGCCCAUGCCACCUUUUAUGGCGGCGGAGACGCCUCCGGUACAAUGGGCGGUGCUUGUGGCUAUGGAAACUUGUAUAGCCAAGGAUAUGGUACGAACACCGCUGCAUUGAGCACCGCACUUUUUAACAAUGGCUUAAGUUGUGGUUCGUGUUAUGAAAUGAGAUGCAAUGACGACCCAAAGUGGUGCUUGCCCGGUUCCAUAAUUGUGACUGCCACGAAUUUUUGUCCCCCUAACCCCAGUCAGUCUAAUGACAAUGGUGGAUGGUGCAACCCUCCUCUACAACAUUUUGAUUUGGCGGAGCCAGCUUUUUUGCAAAUUGCACAAUAUCGGGCUGGAAUUGUGCCCGUUUCAUACCAAAGGGUGCCUUGUAUGAAGAAAGGAGGAGUGAGGUUUACAAUAAAUGGUCAUUCUUACUUCAACUUGGUUUUGGUCACGAAUGUUGGAGGUGCAGGGGACGUCCAUUCGGUCUCAAUCAAAGGGUCGAGAACCGGGUGGCAACCCAUGUCAAGGAACUGGGGCCAAAACUGGCAAAGCAACUCUUACCUUAAUGGCCAAAGCCUUUCUUUCCAAGUUACGACUAGCGACGGAAGAACCAUCACUAGCUACAACGUGGCGCCAUCUAAUUGGCAGUUUGGACAGACAUUUCAAGGUGGACAAUUUUAAAUGUUCAUCUUGGAACAAAACGAAAAAGUUAGAAUUUGAAAUUUUCAUAUUUAUAAAAAAAAAUUACCGAAUUUUUAAAGGAAUUUGUAUAUGGUUUAUAUAUUGAUAUUGAAUGAGGUUAAGUUUGGGGUGGGGGGUGAAAGCAUUGUGGCUCUAUUAUUGCUGAGGUAGCUAGUUAGCACCCGCUUAGAAAUGUAUUUUGAAAUAGUGUCAUUUACCAUUUUAUCCUUGUAAAAGACAAAUACAUGCCUUAUUUGGAUUUAAAAGGCAUCUCACUAUAUUGUACUUGUCAUAAACUUUGUAAUCUCUACUUAAAGUUAUAUAUGUUAAAGCGCAAAUUGUUUGCUA